UGGGCUCACACCAUAGAGACAGUUAGAGGAUGUGACCUUGUAUCUGUCCCAUUCUGGCGUCUGUGAGAACAUGGGCUGCGUCAUUGAAGCCAUCUCCAUACUGAAGUAGUCAAUUAUCCUCUGUUACUUCUAUGAGUUGGUUAACAAACUGAAAGGGUGCAUUACUGCCCCCUGGAGGUUGUUGUUUGAACAGGUAUAAAGCCAAGCUUGGUGAUUUACUGCCAGCUGCAGUGAUGGAAUGUUUGCUGGGUCCUCCUGCUGCUGUAUAUUGUAUGACAGAAGAGUUGACCGAGGUGGAAUGACCUAAACCUGACAGCCAUCCCCAGCUAGAUACAUCUCCAACAUGGUGGAAGAUGGCACUAAGAAAGGAGGAAGGAGUCAGGAGAUGGAGGAAGGUGGGAGACGCUGCUGCUGGUCCGGUUUUCGUUGCCGUUUCCUCAUCCUGCUCAUCACCGUGGCGGCCAUCUUGUUCUUCACCAACCACCAGUCAGCAGAGUGUGUCCCAAGAUGGUGGGCAGAAUACCACGGUCGUUCAGUCAACACCAGUAGUGAAGCAGUUCCUCUCAACUCCGCUGGUUUUACCAUAGACGCUCAUGAAACUGCGUCUGCCAAUUCAACAGAUCGUCAGACUUCACGUAUCCACUCUACUCGACAGGCCAUCAAACUCAACACAACACAUCAUGAAACUAGUUCCAUCACCUCUGCACUGACCAUCAUCACUAAUCUGAUCACAGAGGUCAAGGCAGUUCUGGCCACUCCUCCUCCGUAUGUGUCCCCAGGACCGUACCAUGUAGAAUACCCAUCAGAGUACAUCUUCAUCCUGGAUGAGCCAGAGAAAUGCCGGGAGAAGAACCCCUUCCUGGUUCUGAUGGUGCCAGUGGCGCCCUAUAACAGGGAGGCUCGUGAGGCCGUCCGCAGGACUUGGGGCAGUGAGAGGCAGGUACUGGGCAGAGAGGUUUGUCUGUUCUUCCUGCUGGGACUGCCCAGUGGAGAGGAGACAGAGCAGCUCCAGGAGAAGGUGCUGCAGGAGAGCAAAGAGCACCAGGAUCUGCUGCAGAGCGAAUUCAUAGACAGCUACAAAAACCUGACCAUCAAGACCAUGGUGAUGAUGGAGUGGCUGAGCUCUCGCUGCCCCAACGCCUCCUACGCCAUGAAGAUCGACUCAGACAUGUUCCUCAACGUGAACACCUUGGUCAACAUGCUGCUUCACGCUCCAACGCAGAACUACCAGACUGGACUAGUGGCCCGACGGGGCGCUGUUCUAAGAGACCGUAACUCCAAAUGGUACCUUCCAAAGGAGGUGUUUCCUGAACCAGUAUAUCCACCUUAUGCACUGGGCCUGGGCUAUGUCUUCACCUUAGACCUCCCCAGGAAGCUGGUGGAGGCGUCCAGGCAUGUUAAAGCCGUCUACAUAGAGGAUGUGUAUCUGGGACUGUGUAUGAGACACCUGGGCAUCCGGCCUACUGACCCCCCCAGUGGAAACCUCUUCCAUGUGUCCCCUGUGGCUUAUGACCGCUGCACCUACUCACGGCUGAUAGCCACCACCACACACAGUAUCACUCACCAGGUCAACGCAUGGACAGACCUACACAAACCUGGUCCUCCCUGCUGAUCUCAUAGAGUAACAGACUGACUGAUGUACCAAUCACUUCCUUAGGUUUUUUUGUUCUUGCCAACGAUGUAAAUCUGGUGAAUUUUGUAUUUUGCCACUUUGAUUAAAUCGUUUAAUAAUCAUGA